UUUGACAUGGGUAUAAAUUUUAACCCAGGUGAUAUAGCUUAUGUUGUUGAUAGAUCAAGCUGACACUAGAGUGCGCUACAACUGUUUGCAAAAAUUGUGUGUAUAGAAAAGCGGAAUAAAUUUGUGUUAAAUAAAUUGAUAUAUAAUAUUAUUUACUUAAAACUUACAACAAAAUGAGUAAAUCAGUAUCAAACCAUGAAACUUCUUACAAGAGCAAUACUCUUAAUUUUCAAGAAUUUCGUAAUCGUCGUCAUCAGGUCACUAUUGAGUUACGCAAAUCCAAGAAGGAGCAUCAAAUAAAUGAGCGCCGUAAUAUUAAUGAAAAUGAAGCGUUACCUGUUAAGGAAGAUAAUGAAGAGUCUUCAGCAAUUCGAAUGACUGUUGAGGAAAUGCUCCAUGCAUUGCAUAGCGAUGAUAAGAAACAACAGUUAAUUGGCUUUCAGGAGGUUCGUAACAUACUUGAUUGUGAACAAAAUCAAGCAAAUGCGAUUAUGAUAAGUAAUUCUGUUGUGCCGGUGUGCGUUAAAAUGUUGCAAGAUAAUUCCCAACCGAUGUUGCAAUUUGAGGCAGCUUGGGUACUAGCCAAUAUUAUAUCUGGUACUACUGAACAAAUAAUGUCUGUUAUACAAUAUAAUGCAGUACCACAUUUAAUUAAUCUUUUGAAAUCAAAAGUACCUAUUCAUGUUGAACUAGCUGCUUGGACUUUAGCUGUUAUUGCUAGUAAUAGCGCGGUAACUCGAAAUAUAGUUAUCAAUCAUGACAUUAUAGACAGUUUACUGCCAUUGUUAGUAAAUGAAAUACCCAUAUCUCUCUUACGGAUAAUAGUAUGGUUGAUAUCCAAUUUAUGUUGUAAUAUAAAUACUUCUCCACCAUUCGAGAAUAUAAGACAAUUGCUACCAUUGUUGUCACAGUUGCUAUAUAUCAGUGAUAAGCAGGUUUUAAGUAAUGUUUGUUUUGCAUUAUCUUUCAUAACCAUCAAUGAUAAACUUAAAAUUCAAGCCGUGAUUGAUGCAGGUGUCGUGCCGCGUCUUAUUGACAUAUUAGACUGUGAAGAGAAUACCAUUAUUAUACCUGCACUACGUACUAUUGGCAACAUAGUUACUGGCACAGAUGCUCAGACCGAUGAAGUAAUUAAAGCCGAGAUUUUGCCAAAGUUGGUUGGAUUAUUACAACAUGAGAAUAAGUUGGUUGUGAAAGAUGCGGCCUGGAUUGUUAGCAAUUUAACUGCCGGUAAUCAAAAUCAAAUUCAAGCGGUUUUAAAUGCCGAUUUGUUUACCUACAUACGUCAUAUACUGGAGCAAAAUGAUUUCGAUUGCAAAAUUGAGGCUGCAUUAGCUGUGAGUACUACUAUAGCAAUGGGUUCCCCGGAGCAAAUAAUGUAUAUGUUGAAUGAAUAUCAAUUGUUGAAACCAUUUACUGAUUUACUAAAGGCACAAGAUGCAGAUACUAUAUUAAUCGUUCUCUGCGCACUAGGAAAAAUAUUUAAACUAUAUGAGAGCGUCGAUGAUUUGAAAAGACUGUGUAUUACUUUGGAGGAAAUCAAUGGCUUGGAUAAGAUAGAGGCUUUACAGCAACAUGAAAAUGAGUGUAUCUAUAAAAAGGCCAAUGAUUUCAUAGACACUUAUUUUUGUAAUGAUAGAGAUGAUUGCAGUAAUGACUAAUGAUAUAGGAGGUCGGAUACAAUUUUUUAAAUAAUUUAAUUAUAAUUUUAGAACUACAAAUAAAUUAUAAUUUCUGAAAGGUUGUUAAAUCUGUUAAAAUAC